AUAAUAAUAAUAAUAAUAAUAAUAAUAAUAAUAAUAAUAAUAAUAUUUACAAUAUAAUUAUUAUUAAGUAUAUUGAAAUAAUUAAGAUUAGUAAUUUGUCAGUUGAUAAAUCUUCAUUUAUUUUAAGACAUCUCAUUUUCACUCUCCCUUGCUAUCUCUUUCCUUUUACUUCCCUUUCUUUCCGCCAUUAGGGUCUACAUAUUCUCUUUCCAAUGGGUAAGCAAGUGAUCACACACACUAGCAUACUGAAGAUCGGCAUACUGAAUUGGUGAAUGCACGCAUCGAACUUUCCUUGCCGUCGUUCGUUCUUUCUUCAGUGCGUGCCUUACGUGAAUAACUUAUUAAUCAAAAUGACUUCAAAUGAAGAUGGUGAUUUGAUCGACCUUGGAAAUGAUAAUUGUGUAUCACAAGUAUCGAUUCAAGAAUCAUCAUCCGAUGAACAAGAACAUCUUCUUGAUGUGUGUCCACCAAAAUUAGAACAAACAUUAUCAUUAACUAGGAAACAAGAACAAAUACAAUGUAUAAAUGACAAUAGUGAUGUAUUAGUCACUUUAGGUCACGAUCAAGUAGUACCUAUUCGUAAAAGAAUUGAUGUCGUUUCAUCUGAUACCAUAAAAAGGGUUCGCGAUAUUACUAGGAACUUAGAACCAGUUAUAAGAAAGACUUGUUCAGAUAUUAAUGAAGAGCAUCAAGAUAUUGUCGAUUAUGAGAGUGUAUCAAAUCAUAAAGAUGAAUAUUAUCCCAUCGAAAAGCCUGAAGAAGAGACAUUUGAGGCACAAGAAAUUAAUAAUGCUUUCAAUUUUCUCACAGAACAUGAUGACAAUGAAGAUCAUGCUGAAGCGAAAUGUAACCGUUAUGAUCAACUUAUAAAUUCACAUGGAUUUAUGUUAUUAACAUGUUCUACUAUAAAAAAUGAACAUUUGUUGAAUUACCAUAAUAAUGAUUGUUCAAAAGUUUUAGAAUGUUGGAAAACCGAUACAGAUGUAAAUAAUUUAGCUUUUGAAUUAUCUUCGGAUAAACUUUCUGAAAAUAUUUCGGAAAAUAUAUCUCAUCCUUUUAGUUAUGAAUUCGGAAUUAAUAAUAUGAAUAUUAUUAAAAAAUGUUCCGAAGAAGAAAUGUUUGUUCAAGCUAAAAAAAGAUCGUUUCAACAUGCACAUCGUAAAUCUUGGACAGAAGGAACUACUUUCAAAAUUGUAACACAGGAUGCAUUCUCACGAUUCGAUAGAUCAAAUAGUUUAAGAGAAUAUAAUUGCUCACAACCAAUUUUCAAUGGUAUUCAUCGACAGUCUAGUUUUAUUUUAAGUUGUUCAAUAAAACAAGAAAUAGAAACAAAUAAAGAAGAUCACGGGGAUGGAUAUUCAGAUUGUUCGGAAGUAGAUUGGUCAUGGCUGGAAGAAGUAGAAUAUCCGCGAGUUACGGAGUCGUUAGCAGUUAGUGUGGUUGACGCGGUUCAGGAAAGCACAAAAGGAAGGAGUGCAUCCCCCACCAAUGAAAUUGCAAAGCGCAGGCGCAAUCACGAGUAUCGCGCUAUCGAAGCGGGUUGUAGUGCCGCGAUGUCUGUUUCUGGAACAGUGAAAUCCCUAGUAAUUGAUAGUUCGCGAUGGUCAACAUCCGAUCCGUUAUCUGAUUGUAACAGACAUGAUCAGAAUGAAAUUAUACAUUGUAACGCAAAUAACGAAAUUACCGAUCAGGAAAUACGUGAAAACUCUACAGUUAAUUCUUGGGUACGGGCUUCAAUGAGACGUUUGCGCCAUUUAAGAUUACCGGAAGAAACCGAACGACAACGAAGCAUUGAUUCGAAUAAUUGCCGCGGAACUAUUGCGUCCGCGCCAAAUUCUUUACCAGAUAUUGCCCUAAUUGCACCAGAAAUAUUAGCUGCCCAAACAAAUGGUACAUCCGGCACUCUUGUAAGGCCAUCAAGUGCUCCUGUUAGAAACACAAAUAAUUCAAAUGUUGCAUUCCAAAGAAGUGAAAGACAAUUUCGAGGAAGUCGAUCGCAAAGAAUAAGAAAUUGUGAAAUUACUUCGAGGCAAAAUAGUGUUUUGUCGUCAACUACGGGCAGUAAUACAACCGUUUCAGGAACUACGACAUAUUCUAGUUCUUUUGGCGGUAUUUCCACAAGUCCACCUUCCAGCACGACAAGUCCACAACGCAUCGCUUCCAGACGAAUAUGUGAAAGGCAAAGAGAUGUUGAUAGAAAUGAAGAUAGAGGAGAGGACGAGGAUGAGGAUGCUAAUCCAUUGGGAAAAUGGCCACAUGCCCUUAGUCCAGCUUUAGCAUGUCUUAGUUGCACCCUUGGUCUUUUUAAUAUAAGUAGAUUUUCUAUUCUCAGUAUACAAUUUGGAGCAAAUUUCAUUGUACAAUUUUUAAUUUUAUCUUUGAUAUUGGGUAUUCCACUUUUGACGUUACAUGUAUGUCUCGGUCAAAGAUUGGCUGCUGGAUCUGUAAAUAUGUGGAAAAUUUCACCUGUUUUUCAGGGUGUUGGAAUAGCUCUUCUAAUUGCACAAGCUUUUAUUGGUAUUUACAGUGUUGUUGGCAUAUCUUGGAUGUUCGUAUACUUUAGAGAUUCGUUCAUAACGAAACAGGAUAAGUAUCGAUGGGCAGAACCAUUUUCUUUAUACAGGGACGAUAAAUCUAUACAAAAUAAUAGUAAUUUGCAUAAAUUAUAUGAAACAGUACCAGAUUAUUUUAGCGGAGUUGUCUUGCAAAGACAUCAUUUAAAUGAAUCAGAUCCUGGUGUUAUAACAUUGAAGUUUCAAUUAGCUUUCAAUUUAGCCGUUGUAUGGAUGAUUGUAUUUGUAUCAUUAAGCAAAGGAUUAAAAUCUUAUGGAAAAGUAGUGUAUGUUUUUACACUAGUACCUGUAUUUGGUACUUUAGUUCUUUGUACAAAAUUGCUCGGUCUUACGCCACCAGGUUCUAUACAUCAACUAUUUCCAGCCACUGUAUGGACCGAAUUUUUUAUUAAUGGUAAAUCGUGGUUAGCUGCAUCUAUUGAAGUUUUUCUUACAUGGGGAUUAUUUGGUGCAGCUGCUAUGCAGAUAGCUGCUCAUAAUAAGCACAAACAUCUAUUACAACGAGAUACGAGUCUUGUAAUUGUAUUAACAAUUGCAGUUCUACUUCUUGCUGCUUUUCUGGCAAAUACUUGUGUGCAAGUUCUCAGACAUCACGGAUAUAUUUAUAUACCUAGUUCAUUUGAAAAAAUAUCGUUAUAUAUGUUUAUGAGACCCGUCAGUCAACCUGCACCAUCAGGAUAUAGUAGUACACCAGAAAGAUUUAUGGCACAUACUUCUUUUAUUGUUGGAGAGCGCGUAACUCGUCCUGGUGCAGACUUUAGCAUUGAAUCUGGUUAUCAAGUUUUAAGAUUAUCAACUGAAUUGGUUCCCGCAACAUUAGCAUUACUAGGUACUGAGCAAGUAUCGCCAUUUUGGGCAAUCCUCUUUUAUUUUAUUCUUAUUCUAUUUGGAAUAGCUCAACAGCUGGCAAUAUGGCAUUGUGUGAUAACUGGUAUUAUGGCAAUCAAUACAAAAAUGAUGAAGUUGUGGGAAACUACUGUUACAUUCUUCAGUUGUGCUUGUGCUUACAUACUAGGUUUACCUAUGGCUACAGAACUGGGCAUACACGUUGUAUAUUAUCUAGAUUAUACAAUCGGAGGUACAUGGUGGAUAAUAAUUUUAUAUUUGGUGCAAGUCGGUGCUGUAUUCGCAGUACGAGGACGUCCACAUAGUGGUGAAGCGGUAGUUGCCGAAUUGUUUCCUCCAACUGGUCGAUGUCUCAGACACUGGGCUGGUCCUCUUCUAUCAUUUACGUGGAAUGUUAUAUUACCUGUUAUACUUAUGGUACUUAGUAUUACGAUAUUUAAAAAUGCUGGAUUUCGAGAACUUUAUUCUUAUCGACGAACUGUUAAAGAAUAUUGGACUAUUUGGGCAAAACAACUCGGAGCUACAAUCCAAUUAAUACCAAUACUAACAAUACCGGCAGUAGCUAUUAUACAAACAUGCCGAUAUCUAAACAACGGUCCACCUGAUAUAUUUGAUAAUAAUCAAGUGGAAAUUAAUAUAAAUCACUGCGAACAAUGCAAUGGUAGAAUUCAAUUGUUAUAUCGACCAUCUUUGGAAUCGGAUGAUCCACGAGAUACGCAAACACAUAUUGCAAAUAAUAUAAAUACUAGCAUUCAUGGUAAUGCUAUUGUACAUGCGACGGCAGAAAUACCAUUUGAAGAUCCGCCACCGAAAUAUACACCUCCUCCAAGUUAUACUACAGCAACUGGCGCAAGGAUAGCAAAAAUGUUGAGGCAAAGUUUUCGAAGAAGUGUACGUCGAAUAGUAAACGUUCUUGGUGAAAGUAGUACUCCGAGACAAAGACCAGCGUUACAGCCUCCACCUCCUGAUUAUGCUACUGUACUUGUAGAAAUGAAUCAAAAUAGACAAACACAAGAUGUAACAAUUCAUAUAACUGAAACAGGAAAUGAGAAUACUAAUUCAAAUAUUCGAAAUAAUGAUACAGAAAGACAUAGGCCUAAUACAAUAGACAGAACAAUGACAAUUAGUGCAAUAGAAAACUCGGAUGUGGUCGGAAGGUCACAUUCGAUACUCGAAACACCUCAUCGAUCAUGUUUGAUUUCAUCGAGCAGUUCAAAUUUAACUGCAGUCGAUGUGGCAAAUUUACUUCGUAGUAGUAUUAGAAGAGGAACUACACGAACGCAGCAUUCUCUACAUAGAAGUUUUUGUCAUGACGAACCAACUGUAGCAGCAUCCGUUGAAAAUCUAGUCGAGGCUGCGGCGCCAAUCGGUGAAGAAUCCUUAGUCCUUCCGAAGGACGUGUCUCUAGUCUCCAAUGAACAGGUUAACAAUAAUAGCGAUGAUAAAAAGACUGCCGAAGAAAUGGAUUAUACCGUUUCCGUGAUAUAGAUAAUAUUUGUCUUUCAAAUUUUCUCACGAAAAAUAAUCUAAAGAUUGUUUAAUUUCUGCUACAUAAUGUUAUUACUGAUGAUAUAGAAUCAUUAUGCACUGUCGACUAGAGACCAGAGAUUUAGUCAUUGCAAGAUUAAAAAUCAGACAUUCUAAUUUAGCAACCAAAUUUAAUAAUAAUGUUGAAAAAUUGUUAAUAUCAUAAUAAAUUUUUCUAUCGAAUUUUUACAUUUGAUCUGCACUCUCAUAUUUUAAUAUUAUAUGAUUCAUAUAUUUCAAUUGUUAUUACGAUUAGCUAUUAUUUAUAUGUUGUCGAUAAUUUCAUAAUCGCUAAAUAGACUAGUACUGAGAAUUAAAUUCUCAGUCAACCAAGUCUAUAUAACAAAUUUUGUUGAAUGUUUAUUAUAAAUUUUUGUAUAAAUUUGAUAUAGAAUGUAUUAUAUUAUUAUAUUUGAUAAUAUUAGCAAAUUAGAUAUAAACAUAAGAAAACCUGUUAAAGUAAAUCUGUUAACUUUUUCCCUAAAUCAUUCAAAACGUAAUAAAAAUCGCCAUAUGAAUUUUAUAUAUAUAUUUUGAUAUUAAAAUGAUAUUCUAAUAUCAUCAAUAAAAUACAAUAAAUUUUAAAUAGUUAUAUACUUUAUUUAAAACUUAAAUGACUAAAGUUACAAAAUGAUCGGUUUCUGAUUAUAUUGUAAAUUUUAUUAUUUUUGAUAACAGAUUAUUAUUAAAGAUCUGUUGCCGAUCUAAUUUUUUUAAUUUUAUCAAUAAAUUAUGCAAAAUCCAAAUUACGAAAACAGAUAUUAUGAAGAUGUUAUAAUAGUUAUGAAUUUAUAAAUUUUUUCAAUUUAUUGUUGAUAUGUUGCUAAUUUGCAGACAAAUGAUUUAUAGAAUAUGAAUUUAAAAAUAUAUUUUUUUAAAACCGGUAAUUAGUCGACAGAGCGAUGAUAUGUUGCUAAUUUGCAGACAAAUGAUUUAUAGAAUAUGAAUUUAAAAAUAUAUUUUUUUAAAACCGGUAAUUAGUCGACAGAGCGAAUAAAUACUCGAUUUUUACUUAAUUAAUUAAUUUAAAUCAUUCAAAGCCGUCAUCCAUAUAAACAAAAUAUCAAGCUAAAGUGAUUUGCAAUCGUUCAAUCAGAAGUAAUCAAUCAUUUAUUUAUUUUUGAUUGAUUGAUCUAAUCAUUAAAAGCUAUUAAUAUAACGCGAUUUAAUAGCUCUUAUCUUUAAUUUAACUCAUUUCGAUAUUCAUUUUUACAUAUUACAUUAUAAAGAAUGGAUAUGUUACUAAUGAUUUUGAUCAUCGAGAAAUUAAUUUUAUUUUUUAGACUGAAUUCAGUAUUUUUUAAUCUUAUUAUUUGACAAAUAAUUGCAUAAUAUUAUAAUUAUUUAUCCUAGCAAUUUUACAAUGUGCAAAUAAAAAUCAGAUAACGAUAAACUUGUUUUGUUACUUAUUAUAAUAAUCUUCGAUUUUAUAUCGUAAUGUCGAAAUUUUUUAAUGUUCAAUCUUCUUUAAACCAUACUAUUUUAGCAUAUUGGCAUUUUUAAUUAAGACUGUACAACUAAUACGUCUAUAAAAUAUGUACAUAUAUACUGCUGCAAUUUUACAAUAAUUUUAUGAUAAUAGUGUAUAUAAUAUUUUAACAAAUCAUAUUAAAAUAAAUUAAGAAUUUUUUCAUUAA